AUGGCUGCCAAGCGACUCAAGAUUGCCGUCUUAGACGACUACCAACAUGCAUCUGAGAAGCACUUUGCAAAGUUCAAGGAUCAACAUGAGAUUGCUUACUUUCCAGACACUUUGCUACCAUACAACGGCCCAGACACCCCGCAGUCGGUCAAGGAUGAGUUGGUUAAGAGGCUUGAGCCCUUUAAUGUCAUAAGUACUGUAAGAGAGCGGACGCCAUUCCCUGCAGAACUGGUGAAUCGACUGCCCAAUCUGCAGCUUCUCAUGACACAAGCUCGCCGCAACUUGUCAUUGGAUCUCGAUGCAUUCAAAGCGCGGGGCAUCCCCGUCGCCACGGCAAUUCACGUUCAUGCCACUGGGGAGAAUGCCGUCGAGAGUACCGUUGAGCAUAUCGUGACCACGAUCCUAGCACUCGCAAGGAACAUUGCCGCAGACGACGCUGCAAUGAAAGCGGGCCUGUGGCAGACCGGCCUUUGCACUUCCCUGUCCGGAAAGACUCUGGGUAUCAUCGGGCUUGGCCGUCUGGGCGGUGCCGCAGCUCGCAUCCUUCACGUUGGUUUCGGCAUGAAGGUCAUAGCCUGGAGCCAGAACCUCACUCAGGAGGCUGCCGAUGAGCAAGCCAAGCACUUCAACUUGCCUGUCACAACCUCCACCGGAGAAAAGACUUUCAAGGCCGUCAGCCGCGAGGAGCUCUUCAGAACCUCUGAUGACUUUGACAUGAUGAAGCCAUCGGCCUUCUUCCACAACACGUCGAGAGGCCCGCUCGUCAACGAACAGGACCUACUCAACACCCUCAAGGCCGGCAAGAUUCGCGGCGCCGCGCUCGAUGUCUUUUGGCAGGAGCCUCUUCCUGUGGACAGCGAGUGGAGGAGCUCUGAAUGGGGUAAGAAUGGUCGGAGUCACUUGUUAGUCACGCCGCAUACUGGCUACGUUGAAGAGACGGCCAUCAACGGCUUCUAUGAGCAGGCGACUAGGGAUUUGCAAACCUGGAUUGACGGCAAGGAGCUGCCCCUGAGGCUUGUAUGA